AUGGCUCCUGUGAUUUUGACCAGCUUCCCUCCUCUCUGUGUGUGUCUCCUGCUGACUUAUGGCUUUGCUGAGGCAGGCAAAUUGCUGGUAGUACCCAUGGAUGGGAGCCACUGGUUUACCACGUGUUCGGUGGUGGAGGAACUCAUCCACAGAGGGCAUGAGGUGGUUUUAAUCAUGCCAGAGGUGAGUUGGCAACUGGGAAAAUCUUCCAAUUUUACAGUGAAGACUUAUUCCACAGCUUACACUCUGGAGGAGUUCAAUCAGCAUUUCAAGAUUUUCUCUGACUCUCAAUGGAAAACUCGGCAACAAAGUUUACUUUCUUUGAUAAUGAGUUCAUCCAGCAACAUUUUUCAAGACCUUUUUUUACAUUGUAAGAAUUUGUUUAACGACACAAAAUUAAUAGAAUACAUAAAGGAGAGUUCUUUUGAUGCAGUGUUUAUGGAUCCUUUUGAUAUGUGUGGCUUAAUUGUAGCCAAGUAUUUCUCACUCCCAUCUGUGGUCUUCACUAGGGGAGUAUUUUGCCAUUAGCUUGAAGAAGGCACACAGUGUCCCAGACCCGCAUCCUAUGUUCCUAGAUUUUUCUUAGCAUUCUCAGAUACCAUGACUUUCAGAGAGAGAGUAUGGAAUCAUAUCUUCUCCUUGGAGGAACAUCUAUUUUGUUAUUUUUUUAAAAAAAAUGCUAUAGAGGUUGCAUCCGAGAUUCUCCAAAAGACUGUCACACCAUAUGAUCUCUACAGCCAAACGUCGAUUUGGUUGUUAAGAACUGACUUUAUUUUGGAAUAUCCCGGACCUGUGAUGCCCAACAUGGUCUUCAUCGGAGGCAUCAACUGCUAG